CAAUCGCUCCAUGGACCAGCAAGUUAUCCAAGAAGUAUGAAUGGUUGUAAUGGAGGUUAUCCUACCUUAUCUCCGUACGUUGGCAACGAUUUCGGGGCAACGCCUCGAACCACGCACAUGAAUAGGUCACCUCCACUUCAUCAUGUUGUGCACACCGGCGGGUCUUCACCGGACCACUUGAUCCCAUAUUGGAAGCCCACACAUAACCAGUAUAUUUCUUCCCCUGUACCACGUCCUUUAAAAGAGUCGUCUCCAAUAACCAACAUUCAAUCCGAAAGUGAAAGAGACUUCUCCUCGCCUCGGACUCUCCCUUCCUAUUGUUCGAGGUCUUUCGAUAGCCCCCCGGAUCCUAACACGACGGAACGCUUGAUGUCAUCUACCAUGCAAAAGCGCGUCUCGCCCAAGGAAGCCCGAAACAAUGUCCCCGAGACGAGUGUACCCUUGAAAAAGCGAAAGACUGUGAUGCAGAUGCAUCGCAACCCCGUGGUAUCACCUUUUCACGCCAGUCCAAUAUCUCAUAGUAGUAAGGCGGUCGCCUCUAUCUCACUGUCUUCUAAUCGAAUCCCAUCAUACGACAGUCGGGUAUCAUCAUACGACUCUAAAGACGGACAAGCCCUUCUAGAAAGUUCCAAGAUCGUGGAUCCGACGGACAUUAAGGCGGAGGAACCUGGAAUGAAAGACUUUCCUAAUGUCUUACAUAGCGUACUUUCAGAUUCCGAAUUUGCCGGAAAAGUUGUGCAAUGGCUGCCGCAUGGGAAGGCUUGGAGGAUUGUACGAUUUGACGCUCUCAGGAAGCUGGUGCUGCCGAAGUUUUUCGCCAACCUUCGCCAACCUAACAAUAACGAAACAACCGGUUCCAUCGACACUUUCCUCAAGUAUCUUUCUUCCUGGGGAUUCGAGGAAGUUACUGAUGGCCCUGACGUUGGUGCAUACACUAAUGUGCUCUUCCGACGUGGCCUUCGUCGGCUUUGCUCCGAAAUGAAGUUCAAACCUUGGGGAAAGGAAGACUCAAUACAGAUAAUUGAAUCAUCGAAACAGCCUCAAUCGAUUCUUCGUGUGCCUUCGCUUGCGUCAACGGUGGAUACGUUGGAAUGCACCUCAAGCAAAGAGAUGGAUGGUCAGUUUGUUCAAAUGAACCCUUCGGGUAGCUCAGAGCGUCCGGAGUCGUGGCGCACCAACCAGUGGGAAAGAUCUCCUGAUAAUCGAUUUCUCCGACAGACACCACCGUCUGAAGCAUGGCCAUGCAACUAUCAAUCUGCCGUUUCGAACAGCUUUAAAGGGUCGGAACAAUCACGGAAUAUUCAAUAUUCUCCAGUGCGUAUACGUUCCUCUCGUGGAGCGCCUCGCACUUUGAGCAGAACGAAAGCACCCGCUCAGUAUCAGAACCACCCACAGCUUCAAAAGCGUCCAUGUGCCUUCCCAGUAUCUAAUCGUGGCCGUGGAAAGGUAUGGAGCCCUCGUCCAUUCUCUCCGUCCGUUCACCCGUCGACAUCUCCAGUUUCAAUUGAGACAAAUGUUAUGUCAAUCGGUCAAUCACGCUCGACUCUCAACCGUAAGGAGCCACUGGCGUCCUCACCGGAAGAAACGAUACGAGGAGAAAACGUCACUGCUGUGUAG